UUAGUGGAAGAAAGAUAGCGCAGAUGAAGUAGGCGAAGGCUGAAGGAAACCUCUGGAAUUUUCUUUGGCCAACGGCGAUUCCACUAAUAAAUAUACGUUUGUUGUGUUUCCGAGGCCUGUGAAUCGGAAUUGGGGUUUCUUCAAUCGGAAUCGCGAACAACAUGGAAGUGAGAAUUGGGCAAAGGGUGUCUCGCGGAAUGCUCCCUCUCCUCGCUCUCCACACCGUCAGCGAGUAUUACCGCUCCGACCACAAACCUCCGUUCACCGCCGCCCUCAUCGCCGCCAACACCCUCAUCUACCUCCGCCCCUCCUUCCUCGAUCCCCUCAUUCCCCCCAUUGAACAAGUCUGGUUCAACCCCCACCUCAUCCUCAAGAACAAGGACUUGAAACGCUUCUUGUUGUCGCCGUUUUACCAUAUCGGAGAACCGCACCUGGUUUACAACAUGCUAUCCCUUCUCUGGAAGGGGUUUCAGUUGGAAACCUCAAUGGGAAGCGUCGAUUUCGCUUCCAUAGUCGCUUCCUUGCUCGUUCUCUCCCAGGGCGUAACCCUAAUGUUAUCCAAAUCACUGCUUCUGUUCUUCGACUACGAGAGAUCCUACUACAGCGAAUACUCCGUCGGAUUCUCCGGCGUCCUCUUCGCCAUGAAAGUCGUUCUCAACUCCCAAUCGGAGAACUACACCUCCGUCUACGGAAUUAUCGUUCCGUCCCGUUACGCUGCGUGGGCUGAAUUGGUUCUCGCUCAGCUUCUCGUGCCGGGCGUGUCGUUUCUCGGCCAUCUCGGUGGCAUUCUGGCGGGGCUUCUUUAUCUGAAGCUGAGGAGUACUUAUUCGGGUUCUAACCCUAUAAAAGUUCUCAUCAGAGGGAUUGUUGAUGCUGUGAAGUGGCCUUUUAAGUUCUUGCGGCGGAGGCGGGGACGGAUCACCGGAAGGGGAACAGUUGGAAGUAACAGGGCGUGGAGAUGCCAGACGUGUACCUAUGACAACAACAAUGGUUCCCUGAGAGUGUGUGAGAUGUGUGGGACGAUUAGGGUUGUCAAUGGAGUGUCCUCUUUUCAGAGGAGCUCCCAUUCUGAUGGGCUUCCUUUGGAUGAGUUGCGCCGCCGGAGAAUCGACAGGUUUGGAGGCAGGUGAUCGUGGUUAGUUUUGAGUUCGCUGCAGCUUCUGGUAAAUAAUACUAUUGGAUAUUGAGAUUCAACACAUGUUAGACUUUUUUGUUUCGACAUAUAUAUGUUAGUUGUAGAAGUAUGACGACUGAGCAAUGAAUGUUUUCAUGCUAUGCUAGAUUGUUUGGCAUUUUCAAGAAAAAAAAAAAUGAAAUUUGGAUACUUUUAUUGUAGAUGUUGUUGUUACUUUUUUUUUUCUAUCAAAAUUGGUAUUUCAUGGCUGGUUA